AGUAAUCGGUCAGUUAACUAGAUCGUAUAGUUCAAAUUGAACUUAAUCUAGUUUUUUGACGUUUGAAUGUUGUCUAACUUCGUUAUAUAUUAUAUUCUUUUCUAUAAUUUUCCAGAGUCAAUAGUCACCUAUAGUCGUCAACCAAAUAAAUUUAUUUGGAAAGCUUUUUAAUUUGUAAUUAUUUUAUUACGAAUGAAAUAAUAUUGUUUCUAACCACUUCGAUUAACAUUUAAAAAGUCGUGUUUUAUAACCUUUUUCACUUAAUAAGAAAUAUAUAGAAACUGUAUAUAAUUAAAUAUAUAUCCCAUAUUUGAUAUUAAUUAAACGAUUUAUUAAUGUCAUUAUGGAUAAUUCAACAACUAAGUUGCGAAUACUUGCAAUUCAUGGAUAUGCUCAAUCAGAUGUUAUUUUUAAAACAAAAUUGGGCUCUUUAAGAAAAGGAUUUAAAAAAGAGAUUGAUUUUACAUUUUUAAGAGCCCCACAUAAAGUUCCAAUGAGAAGUAACUUUAAUAUCGAUACAGAAGAAGAUGCAUAUGGAUGGUGGUUCAAUACGAAAGAUCACAUAUUUAAAGCAGUUGUUCCAAGCAAUUUAGCUGUAGGUUUUGAAGAAAGUAUAGUUCUAAUAGAAGAGACAUUUAAAAAAUUUGGUCCUUUUGAUGGCAUUUUAGGCUUUUCACAAGGUGCAGCAUUUGCUACUCUACUCUGUUUUAUGCAACAAAAGAAGUUGUUGCAGAUCAAGUUUGAGUUUGCAAUUAUUAUAUCUGGAUUCAAAUCAUUAUGUACACCUCAUGGAAUAUAUUAUGAUGGAAAAAUAAGCAUACCUUCUUUACAUAUUUAUGGAAAGACUGAUCAAGUUAUACCAACAGAAAUGGCAGAGGAGGUUAGUGAAAUGUUUAUAAAUAAGACAAAUAUAACACAUGAAGGUGGUCAUUAUAUACCAAGUAAAAAAGAAUAUUAUAAAGAAUUUAUUAUGGGAAUGUUCUUAAACAAAAACAAAAAUAAUUAGUAAUUUUUACAUAUUCUACAUUACGUGAAUAUAUAAAAAAAAAGAGUAUAGUUUAUACAAUAAUGAAAGUCUAUUCUAAAGUAUAAGUACUAUUGAGCGAUAUUAGUAAAUUUAUUCAAAUUAAUUAUAAGUAAACAUUGUACAUUGUACAUUUUAUGCACUAGAGAUGAGAUUUGUUAACAUUUUAUAUUUAAACUUGUAUAUGACAAUUGAAAUAAGAGAGCAAGAAGAUAACAAAUCAAGAUGAUUUUAUGAAGAAAUA